ACGACUACUACAGGAACAUGAUCAACUCAAUUAAUGGCCUGGUCUUCCCCGGCGGGUCGGCCUCCAUCACCCAGAGGAGCGGCUACGGCAGGGCGGGCAGACUCCUCUACGACCUCCUGCUGCAGAAGGCGGCGAACGGCACGAUCCUCCCGCUCUUCGCCACGUGUCUGGGCUUCGAGAUGCUCAUGUACCUGCACGCGAAUAACACCAAUCCUCUCACCAGCUGUAAAGCUCAGAAUCGCUCGGAUCCUCUGUAUCUGCAGACAGGUUGGGAACUGUCCGAACUCCUUGGCGAAGCACCGGAACAUAUCCUUCAGACCCUCACCACCACGAACGCCACCAGCAACUUCCACAAGUUUUGCGUCACGCCCGAGACCUUCAGGGAACUGGGUCUCGACGGGGACUUCCUGAUGCUCUCGACCUCGCACGACUCGGACGGCAUCGAGUACGUGGCGAACGUGGAGCACCGAGAACUCCCGCUGUUCGGCUUCCAGUGGCACCCGGAGAAGAACCUGUACGAGUGGAGCUUCUCGUCCAUCCCGCACACGAGGGACGCCAUCGAAGCGGCCCAGUUCAUGGCCAAUCUCUUCGUCGACAAGGCUCGCCGGAACAACCAGACCUUCGGCAGCGAGGAAGAAGAAGCCGCGGCGCUCAUCUACAACUACAGCCCUACCUACGUCUCCCAGCUGUACCGCUCCUCCUUCCAGCAGUGCUAUUUCUUCGAGUGAGGAUGGCAGAGGGAUGGAAAGGAGGAGAAGGGAAGAAAAAAGGAGAGAUAGAGAGACAGGGGUGAGGAGAAGAAAAGUAUAGAGAUAAAGGGACGGGGAAGGGUCGGUGGGGGGGGGGAGAGAAGGAAAGAAGGAAAAGUGGAGAUACAGAGAGGGACAGGAAGGUGGCGGA